AUGAAGCAAGCUGUGAAAGAAGACCCAGCAAUGAGAAAACUGUCGCAAUGCAUAAAAAGAGGACAAAUGGUGAAUACAGAGGAUAUCAGUGGAUAUAAAAACGUAUUCCAGGAACUGGCAUUGGUGGACGACCUGAUCAUGCGAGGUGAAAGAAUGGUAGUCCCAGACAAGUUGCAGAAACGAAUGAUACAGAUUGCCCACGAAGGACAUCAAGGAGUAGUACGAACUAAACAAAUGCUCCGUGCACACGUCUGGUUCCCGGGAAUAGAUGCAGCAGUGAAAAACUACACGGACAAGUGUUUGGGAUGUCAAGCAACUACGCCAUUGAAUAACAGAGAGCCACUACAAAUGACAGAACUACCAGAUGGACCAUGGGAAAAAGUCAGCAUGGACUUCGCGGGACCCUUACCAAACAAAGAUACGAUAUUGGUAAUGUGGGAUCAAUAUGCCAAAUACCCAGUAGUCGAAUUCGUCACCACAACAUCGGCAGAAACAACAAUACGUGUGCUGGAACGUAUCUUCACUACAUAUGGUACUCCAAAAGAGAUAAAGACAGAUAAUGGACCACCAUUCAACUCGGGAAAAUUUUCAGAAUUUGCAAAAACGCUGGGUUUUAAACACCGGAAAGUUACUCCAAAAUGGGCCGAGGCAAAUGGUGAUGUCGAAAGAAUGAUUCAAAUCAUAAAAAAAAGUGCGAAGAUAGCGAAAAUAGAAGGAAAGAACAUCCGACAGGAAAUUCAAAAAACAAUCAGAAGCUAUCGAGACACGCCACAUGGAAACACCGGAGAAACCCCCAACAAGUUGAUCUUUGGGAGGGAACUGAAUGGUCGUCUACCACCUCGAAUGAAGAAGAAGACAGUAUCUGAUGCAACCAUCCGACAAAGAGACGCAACUGCUAAACAAAAGUGCAAGGCCUAUGCAGACAGCAGGAGACAUACCAAAGCGAUACACAUCGAAGUGGGAGACAAAAUACUUGUGGAGCAGGACAAAAUUGACAGUCUAACCCCUCGUUAUAAUCCGGAACCGUUUGUGGUGAUCGCAAGGAAAGGCUCGAUGAUAACAGCUCAGAAAGGAGAGACUAUACUAUGCAGAAAUACAGCGAAGUGUAAACGUUUGAAAUGCGCUGAGGAUGAAGAAAGCGACAAUGAAUGGCAACCAUCAUUAAGUAGGCAGAUGCAACCUGAUAGAGAAGAGAGAGAGCCGACGAGACAGAGGAGCCCACGACCAAUGAGGAAUAGAAUAUCGACAAAGCAAACAAUAUACAAGGAUUUUCAUACAUAA